UUGUAUCCUUUAUUUUGAAGGGCAAACCCGGAAGAUGCGUUCACGAACGAAGCAGCUCCAACUUCAGGUGCGCGUGGUGGAGAGCGUGAAGCGGCGGCGAACUUCAUUGAAUAACAGUGUCACUUCCUCCUCGUGGCAGCAGCAGCAGCAGUGUUGCCGGGGUCGCUGUCCGUGGAUGAUCACCAGAGAUUAAACAUCUGCUGCUUUCUGUUCCAGGUUAGUGGCAAACACUGGAUAGAACGAUAGAGUUUUACUUUUGGUCGCCUCCUGACCAGCAUCUGUUCAUCAUCUGCGACCUCUGACCUUUCCUGAGCCCCCAAGCCCACCUCUGUAUUUCCAGUGCCACAGCAGCAUGCUGAGCCAGGAGUUCCUAGAGAAGAUGAAGUCCUUGGACCUGGCAAAUGUGAGCCAGUACAUCAGUAACAUCUCCACCCCCAUGUUGGUCAGCAUGGGAGCAGUGGCCGCUGCCACCACCUACUACCUGGCUACGCGUCCCAAAGCCCUCCCACCACUCUGGGACCUGCACACGCAGUCUGUCGAGGUUCUGGGCAGUGAUUUUGUGCAUCACUCAGCGCUUCAGAAAGAAGACAGUUUCCUGACUCACAUCUAUGAAGACGCCAGAACUAUGUACGAGUCCUUCAUCAGAGGAGCAAGAGUCUCCAAUAACGGUCCCUGUUUGGGCUUCAGGAAACCAAAACAGCCUUAUGAGUGGAUGUCUUACAAAGAGGUAAUAAAGCGAGCAGAAAAUCUGGGUUCUGCGUUUCUUCACAAAGGACAUUCAAAAACCACCAACCCCCACAUUGGUAUUUUUUCUCAGAACAGACCAGAGUGGACCAUCAGUGAGCUGGCCUGCUACACCUACUCCCUGGUGUCCGUCCCGCUUUACGACACGCUGGGAACAGACGCCAUUUCCUACAUCAUAGACAAAGCUUCUAUCUCUACCAUAGUGUGUGACGUGAUGGACAAAGCCAGCCUGGUGCUGGACUGCCUUGCAAACAUGAAGCACUCAGUGAAGACCAUCGUUCUGAUGGAGACCCCCAGCACCAGCCUGGUGGAGAGGGCCCAGCAGGCCGGAAUCCACAUCCUGAGCCUGCAGGAGAUGGAGGCUCUUGGUCAGGCCAACUACAAGCAACCGAUUCCUCCUCAGCCUGAUGACAUGGCGGUCAUCUGCUUCACCAGUGGAACCACAGGAAGCCCGAAAGGAGCGAUGCUAACACAUGGCAACAUUGUGUCCAACUACUCUUCCUUCAUCAAACUGACAGAGUUGUGCUGUCCGCUGAAUUCCAGCGACGUCCAUAUUUCCUACCUCCCCUUGGCUCAUAUGUUUGAAAGACUAGUCCAGGGGGUCAUGCUGGUGCAUGGAGCCAGAAUCGGCUUUUUCCAGGGAGACGUCCGCCGGUUAUCGGAUGAUCUGAUCGCGCUGAGGCCUACGGUGUUCCCAGUGGUACCCAGACUUCUCAACAGGAUGUAUGAUAAGAUCUUUGGGCAGGCUAACACGUCUUUGAAGCGCUGGCUGCUGGACUUGGCCUACAGGAGGAAGCAGGCAGAGGUCGAGAAAGGCAUCGUGAGGACAGACAGCAUCUGGGAUCGACUCAUCUUCAGGAAGGUCCAGGCCAGCCUCGGAGGCCACGUGCGUAUCAUGGUGACAGGAGCGGCCCCCAUCUCCCCUACAGUCCUCUCCUUCCUCAGAGUUGCUAUCGGCUGUCAGUUCUACGAAGGCUACGGCCAGACGGAGUGCACCGCCGGAUGUACGAUGACCCUUCCUGGCGACUGUAGUGCAGGUCACGUCGGACCGCCUCUGCCUUGCAACGCCAUCAAACUGGUGGAUGUCGCUGAGAUGAACUACCUGGCUGUAAACGGGGAAGGAGAGGUGUGUGUGAAGGGUCCAAACGUCUUCCAGGGCUACCUGAAAGACCCAGAGAAGACGGCAGAGACUAUAGAUGCAGACGGAUGGCUGCACACUGGAGACAUUGGGAAGUGGCUUCCUAACGGCACGCUGAAGAUCGUCGACAGGAAGAAGCACAUUUUCAAGCUGGCCCAGGGCGAGUACAUCGCUCCUGAGAAGAUCGAGAACAUCUACACGAGGAGUGAUGCAGUGGUGCAGGUGUUUGUGCAUGGAGACAGUCUGCAGGCUUGUCUGGUAGCAGUGGUGGUUCCUGACCCCGACUUCCUGUGUAGCUGGGCCAAGAGGACGAUGAGGCUGCAGGGAAGCUACCAGGAGCUGUGUGGAAAAGCGGAGGUCAAGGCGGCCAUCUUGGAGGACAUGCUGCGGCUUGGCAAAGAGGGAGGCCUCAAGUCCUUUGAGCAGGUUAAAGCCAUCCACAUCCAUACAGAGAUGUUCUCCAUCGAGAAUGGCCUGCUCACCCCAACAAUGAAGGCUAAGAGGAAUGAAAUGCGCCAGCUCUUCAGAUCCCAGAUAGAUGAGCUGUAUGCUGGGAUCAGCAUGUAGGAGGGCUCACUGGCUCCGUUUGUGUUGUGAAGAGAGAAAGAGGCAGCAAACUGGGGAGAGCAGGUCUAAACAAGAAGCUCCAAGGUAUCGAGCUGGAACACAAGAAACUAGCAGAGCAGGCCGACAUGCAGCUUUUAGGGUUUGUGAAGCAUUUCCAAGAUGGGAUCUGUGGAACACUAAACCUCACAGUCCAGAGGAGUUUUUACACAUGAAGUGUUUUCUAUGAUCAAACCUCACUACAGUACAAAUGUAUGAUUUUAAAAAAAUAUAUUUUUUAAGAUGAUUCCAAUCAGCUCUUAUGUGAACAUUUUAAAGAGAAACAGUCUCUCCUGCUCCAUCAGGAAUCAUGGUGUGAACAGCCACAUGUACAAACUGAUUACAAGCCAUAUAUUUAAGCUAAUGGUCCUUUUCUAUUAACACAGACUCAGCGACUAGUCACAUGCUAUUGGACCCUUUUAUUUUGCUGGGGUUCGUGACAUCAGAAGACUAUUGGUCACUUAUUGGUCAGGGGGUGGAGCCUCUGUUUGGAUCACAGGAGUGAUGCUCUUACAAUAAUCCAUUAAAACUCCCAACAGAGACCAAAAAGCCACACGUCGAGUUACACUGCUAGGCGCUAGUGGAAAAGGACCACAACAGUCUUAGCCAUUUUUAUAUCAACAUCGUCAUCUUUGUACAUUAAAUGUACAUUUUAAACUGUUUUCACUGUUAAUGUAAGAAUAAGUUUGGUAUCUCAUGUACUAGUUUAGACACUAAGGACAACAGUCUGAUCUAGCUGUGUUUGGGUAUCUAUGGGAACAACAUGGGAAAUCUUUGUCAAUGUAUUCAUUUAUUUAUGAUAAUGAUGAGAAAAGGUUACUGGCUAAAGAACCUUUCCUAAGUGAAUGUUAUUUUUUAAUGAAAAGUUAAUCAACAGGUUGUCAUUUUGUAAAAGAUUUCAUUAAAGAAAUUUUAAAAAAUCUGUGUAAA